AUGGGGGACGACCAGCUUGGGGAGGCACUGGAGGGCUCUGACAUCGUCAUCAUCCCCGCCGGGGUGCCCAGGAAGCCCGGCAUGACCAGGGACGAUCUCUUCAACAUCAACGCCGACAUCGUUAAGGGGCUCUGCACUGCCAUCGCCAACCACUGCCCCAACGCUCUUGUCAAUAUGAUCAGCAACCCUGUGCUAGCGAUAGUCAUUUCCAUUGUCAUGGCCACUCCUGCAAGCAAUUCAUUGUCCCAAGAAGACAUUGAGGCCCUCACCAAGAGGACACAAGAUGGCGGGACGGAGGUUGUUGAAGCAAAGGCUGGAAAGGGAUCUGCAACAUUGUCCAUGGCAUAUGCUGGUGCUGUUUUUGCGGAUGCAUGCUUGAAGGGUCUGAAUGGAGUUCCGGACAUUGUAGAGUGCUCUUUUGUGCAAUCAACUGUGACAGAGUUGCCGUUCUUUGCCUCCAAGGUUACUGACGUUUAA